AUGGUACAAUUGGAAAUUCUACAGGGGUACGGACAGGAAAGUGAGCGCUCGAGCGAGCAUCGGGUAGUAAUAUCUGGGCUCGGCUGGCGUGCGCAGUGCUCGGAACGAGAGCGCGAGAGGACUGAAGACAUGGCGGCGCCCGAGUGCGAGCGAGAGGCCAGAAAGAGACGCGAGCGCCGCGACUCGGGGUGCGCGCACGAGCGCAAGGAGCGCCGCCCGCACAGCGAGGAGCGCACGCCGCCCCCGCCGCCGCCGCCACCGCUCCACGACCAUAACCGAAUCGAGUCAGAACGUCGUGCUGAGCGGCUGUCCCGCGCCCGUCGCCCACAGUUCGGUGGCAAGCGACGUCGUCCACCUACCAGGGUCUCCAAACAUCCUAAGGAGAACGAAUGCUUCACUACAUCUGAAGAGAUCCGAUGUAGCACACCGCCUCACUUCGAUUAUGUUAUUGUGCAGAAACCACAACUAUGCGAGGAACCGGAGACUCUGGACGCUGGAGCGCUGCAUCGAGUGGCAGGUCGCACAGAGAGUGCCGUUGAGGAGGGCGCAGCUCUAUGCGCGGAGGCCGAGCGAGCCCGCAGCGAUGAGAGGAGCGCAGCCCCACUCAACGUCGCACGACGUGAACCGCCUGUGCCUGACCGACAGCUUGAAAAGAUCACUAAGAAGAUUUCUGUACUCAAGAAAAACAUCACCAAGUAUGAAAAUGAUUUUGAAUCCAAGAAUGGCCAUCCUUUGACUCAGAGUGACAGGAUAACAGAUGUGGCGUUGACGCGUAUGAACGAGACGUUACGCAGACUUCAGGCUGAGAAACGUCUCAUCAAGACUGAUCCCGUGGAGUAUGCCUUGAAGGUACAAGCAGCUAAACAGCAGAAAGAAAGAGACGACAAACUUGAAGAGUCGCUCAAGAGUGAUAAACCUAUGGCUGAUAUCGUAAAAGAUAUCGAAGAGUGGUUAGAGGGCUGUCGCCAGGCGGCAGGCCGGUCGUCGGUGGGCGAGGGGAGCUGGACGGCGGCGCAGUUGGCGGCUGAGAAGCUGUGCGUGCAGCGAGUGCUGCUGCGGCUCGAGGCGGCCCGAGGUCGGCCCCCUGCGCACUCCGCCGAGCGCGGCGCAGCUCGACACCUCUACGAGCGCUACAGAACCGUCAAAAGAGUGCUCGCGUCCUCUAGGCCUGACGCUAUCAUAGGCUGCGUUAACGGUGAAUUGGCAACCAUUCACGAGCAUGAGACCAUGCUGUUCAACUCCAGCGUCGACAGCUCCAGUGACUCACAGGAGAAGCCAUCAGAUUCUUCACAGGAGACAACAGAGACUCCUCUCCAGUCACCACCGAAUCGUGAUGGUGCUGCACCAGGAGAAGAGGUCCCGUCCUCCACAUCAUCAGCUCAGUCUGCUACCAGCGAAGAAGCCACACCUUCGAACGAGGGACUCCAUUGUCUCAGCGUUGAUGAACUAAACAAAGCUCUCACUGAGGCUAAGAUGCAGAAAUCAAUCUUACGCCGCACUAUUAAAGACUACGAGGUGAGCUUCGAACUCCAGAACAGCAGGAAAGCGCAGAGAGACGACAAGAAAGGUCACGAGGAUGAAUACUGCAAGUACAGGUCUGUCAAGGCCAGGAUUAAACUCAUCAACGCACUCAUAAACAAACAGAAAACACAUUCCAACAACAAAACUCCAAACUAA